UUUUGUGCGUCGCCACCGCAUAAUAAAUUUCAAAAUGGCGGCGCCCAUGGAUCACCUGUCUACGGUGAAGCAUGUCAUUUUGGUGUUAUCUGGGAAAGGUGGAGUAGGAAAAAGUACAGUUGCUGCCCAGUUAGCUCUUGGUCUCAAGCAGGCUGGCAAAAAAGUGGGUUUGUUAGACAUUGACCUGUGUGGUCCCAGUGUUCCAAAGAUGUUUGGUCUGGAUGGGCAGGAUGUUCACCAGUGUCCAGAGGGGUGGCUGCCAGUGUAUGUUGACAAGGAGCAGAGACUGGGUGUGAUGUCUAUAGGCUUCCUCAUUGAGAGCAGGGAUGAUGCAGUAGUGUGGAGGGGUCCAAAGAAGAAUGCUAUGAUCAAGCAGUUCUUAAGUGAUGUGGUAUGGAAAGACGUGGACUAUCUGAUAAUAGACACACCCCCAGGUACCUCUGAUGAACACAUAACAGUGGUUGAGGGACUCAAGGCAUACUGUCCAGAUGGCGCUAUACUUGUGACAACACCACAGGGAGUUUCAAUAGGAGACGUGAGAAGAGAGCUAACAUUUUGCCGUAAAACUGGUGUUCCCAUACUUGGAAUUGUUGAAAACAUGAGUGGAUUUGCCUGCCCUUGUUGUGGGGAAGUUACCAACAUUUUCUCCAAGGGAGGUGGGGAGGCACUGGCCAAGCAAGCCCAUGUACCAUUUCUAGGCUGUAUUCCGUUGGACCCGAACCUUGCUGCAUCUCUGGAGGAAGGCAAGAACUUCCUUGAGCACUACAGUUCCUCCCCCACAUUCACCGCCCUGAACCAUGUUAUCAAGAGGCUCAUGCAGGUCGACAGGGACUUCUGAACAUCCCUGGUGAAUGGGUAUCUAGGGGAAUAUAAUAUAGGGUCUUUCAAUGUUGCCAUAUGGAAUCUUUGACUUAUAUUUUUACUGAUUUUGAUUCUUGCAUUUAUCAUUUUAUGUCAUUAAUGUUUGAUUUUUAGUUCCAAUAUCAAUCUAGAUGCAGGUCUGUAAAAUGUGUUAAAUUAAAUUCUUAAAAAAAAGUCAAAUUUUGCAGAGACUGGGAUAAAGGUGCGCAGUGCGUUCUUUUCCCAUAAAAACGAAAAACUGCGCAUCAUUUCCG